AUGAUUAGAAGUACCUCCUCUUACUCGAAUUGUCAUCAUGCACAUAUUCUUCUUACGAAUGUUCUUAUGGUUCUUACCGUGUUUACGCUGAGUUGCAGCAGUACUAAUUCUGCAACACCCCUGGAGAGUCACGAUAUGGACGAACCUCGGGCAAUGUAUAUUUUUGGAGAUUCCUUGGUUGAUGCUGGCAACAUUAACUACAUUAAUCCUCUGACUAAAAACAAUAACUACCCUAAUGGAAUUGAUUUUCCUAGCGGGAAAAGAUUUACAGGUCGUUCUACAAAUGGAAGAACAGUUGUCGACAUCAUAGGAGAAGAGUUGGGAGUGAAAGAUUAUAUUCCUCCUUACUUGGAUCCAACUACAGUUGGAGAUGUCGUUCUUCGUGGAGUCAAUUAUGCUUGUGGUGGUGCUGGAAUUCUUUGUGACACUGGCGCUAUCUUACGUAAUACGAUCAACAUGGAUGCACAAGUCGAUAAUUUUGCGAAUACAAGGAACUAUAUAAUCUCGAAUCUUGGUGGCAGUGGUUCCAAGAUACUUCUUGAAAAAGCUCUUUUCGCUGUAGUAGUGGGUUCCAACGAUUUCACUGACAACUACUUCACUCCAGUUAUUUCAAUACCUAAGCAGAUGUUGGAAUCCCCGGAAAUAUUUGUUGAUUCAAUGAUCUCAAAAUUCAGACUUCAGCUAACAAGAUUGUAUGAAAUGGAUGCAAGAAAAAUAGCUGUUGCAAAUGUUGGACCGGUUGGUUGCAUUCCGAUAGAAAGAGCUUUGUAUACAACCGGUGAUUCUUGCAGAAGUGCCAUGAAUGAUGCAGCAAUGUUGUUCAACAAGAAAUUGAAGAGCCUACUCGUGGAGUUGAACGCGAAUCUCGUUGAAUCCAAAUUUGUAUAUGUAGAUAGCUACAAAGUGUUAUCUCAUAUUUUCGAUAAUUAUCAAUCAUACGGUUUUGAGGAUUUCAAAACUGGAUGUGUUAAAUUGCUAGCGGAUCCAACUCUAGGAAUGGUCAGUCCGGCGCCAUUAGUUUGUAAAGACCGAUCCAAGCAUGUAUUUUGGGAUUUGGCUCAUCCAACUGAAGCUACUUAUGCCAUUUUCGCAAAGAAGGUGCUCGAAGACCGCGGUUCUACGUACACAUAUCCAAUGAAUGUUCGCCAACUUUAUUACUCAUGA